CUCUCAUAGAGAAUACAAUCUCAAUUUUCCAAGCGGAUUCAAACGACACCCAUUUCUCUGGAGCGUUCUGUACCCUCCAAGAUGGGAUCUCCGCGUGGGGUGAGCUCUACACCCGUCCCAACCACAGAGACUGCCGAAGGCGCGUCCUCGACUGUAACCGAAGAGGAAUGGAAGGCCAUGUCCACCGUGCUGGCCAACGUUAAUGCGCACCGAACCGAAGAUGACUAUGAUCCCACCCAUCUCUUCCAGCGCAAGGUGUCCAAGCGACAGCUGCCCGAUUAUUACGAUAUCAUCAAGGAGCCAAUGGCCCUGAGCAUCAUCAAGUCGAAGAUCCAGAAGAAAGAGUACAAGAGCUUUUCCGAGUUCGUGCGCGACUUCGCCCUCAUACCACAUAAUGCCCAGGUGUACAACCGGCAAGAGUCGGCUGCGUACCAGGAUGCGCUGGAGGUAAAGAAGGUGCUGGAGGCAGAGCUGAAGAAGUUGGUAGAUGAGAAGGUUAUCACGCAAGAAGUUGCGACGCUUCCCUACCUGGGCGAAAUUCCGGAGCAAGACCCCUUGCCCCCCGAAGACGAGGAAGAAGAAGAUAGCGAAGACGACGAGCGCGACGAGGAGGAGGACGAGGACGAGGAAGAGGAAGACGAAGGUAAACGCAGGAAGCGGCGCGGCGCGCGAUCAACAGCCGCCAUUUCCAAGCGCGAGACAGGGAAGGCCAAGGACGAAACCAGAGAGGAUCCAGAGUCGAGGAAAAAGCGCGGGAGGCCACCGCGGGUGGACACGCCCAUGGAAGCUAGGAUAAAAAAUAUCAUGAAGGCGAUCAGGAAGCCGCGAAACGAUCAAGGAAAGCUGAUGGUCAGCGCAUUCGAACGUGUUCCCGACAAGGCUGCAAUGCCUGAGUACCAUGCUGAGAUCAAAACCCCGAUGGCCAUGGACAUUUUGAAACGCAAAUUGAAGCGCAAGAAGUACAACUCCGUGGACCACUUUAUGCAGGACGUCGAACUCAUGUUUGAGAACGCUAAGCAGUACAACGAGGAUGAUAGCCAGGUGUACAAGGACGCAGUGCAUCUCCAGAAGGAGGCCCGGAAGGUAGCAAAGGAGGAGAAGGAGAAACCAGACAGCGAAUAUGCUUCAGAAGAAGGCCGUAUACCCAUGCCGAAUGGCAUCCUCCAUAAUGGGGAGCUCUGGAAGGUUGGCGAUUGGGUCCACAUCCAGAAUCCCAACGAUCUCACCAAACCCAUUGUCGCGCAAAUCUAUCGCACAUGGCAGGAUGUCGACGGUGGGAAAUGGGUAAAUGCUUGCUGGUACUACCGGCCCGAACAGACGGUGCACCGCUUCGACAGGCAUUUCUUGGAGAAUGAAGUUGUCAAGACUGGGCAAUAUCGCGAUCAUCGCAUCGACGAGGUCGUCGACCGUUGCUUCGUCAUGUUUGUGACACGGUAUAACAAGGGCCGACCUCGAGAUUUUCCCGCUGAUAAGGAGAUCUACGUGUGCGAAGCGCGGUACAACGAGGAGAAGCAUAAACUCAACAAGAUCAAAACUUGGGCAAGUUGCUUGCCUGACGAAGUCCGCGACAAGGAUUAUGUGAUGGACUUGUUUGAGCAUCCUCGCAAGUUGAAGAAAGUGCCUAGUCCCAUCGCCUAUCUUCUGCGCGAUGACCAGAAGGAGACAGAUGAUCUGCCGAAGCCUGAAUGGGGUGCUGAGAAUGCUCCACCGAAGAUUGGCGCCGUCCAUAGGCGUCCGCGCGAUCCAAAGGAGUCUCCCCCGCCAGAGCCCACCCCAUCACCGCCUCCACCGCCUCGGCCCGCGCCAGUAAUGGCAACGCCUAGCAUCCCUCCUCCGACUAAUGGCUAUGGCAGCGAAACGCAACGGAACUAUCCCAUUGCACAAGCUCCCGCUGUUUCGCCAAUGCCCGUGCCAACACCUCAACCUCACCAUGUGCAGGCUGCAUAUACCCCAACCCAUCCAACACAGUACCAUGCGCAUUCAGCAUCGCCGGUCCCACACGCCUCUCAGCAUCCCGUGCAGCAGCCUACAAGUUACCAAGCCAUCACUCCCCACCUUCCUUUUUCGACGCCACAGCCUGCGCCAGUAGUACCGCAAUACGCUUCUCGACCGGCGCCAACGUAUCAGCAAUCAACCUAUGUACAGCAACCUCCAGCUGGUUACCAAGCUCCGAAACCUGUGGAGGUGUAUAUCCUGAAUGACCACGCCAACAACUCCAUUCCACCCGAAAUCCGAGAUCAAUUUCAGCGGGACGAACAGGGCAGAGUGCUCUUCUUCACCGCUCCGCCACUGAACACAUCGACCGUCGCGGCGAAGAACGGAAAAACUCUCGGACACUCGGCACGCUAUCUUGCAAAAAGGGCGGAAUGGGAGGCCGAACGCGCUGCAAAACGUAAGGCAAGAGAUGCAGCCCUCGCUGAGCGGGAACAAGCCGCGAAGAAGGCAUGCGCGGAGAAAGAGGAAAGGCUCAAGCAAGAGAUCGCUGAGCUGCAGACACGGGCUUUGCAGGCGCUGGGGGAUCAACUUGCUGUAGCCACGAAGACGGAAUUCGAAAAUGUGUUUGCCGGCGGAGAAACGAACGAGGCCAUGAUGAGGUGGAUGGACCAGUUGACGGAGGCGCAGAAAGUGGCUGUUCAGAAGAAUCUACAGAGGGAGGAGAGAAGAUUGAAAGAGAAGGCGGGGGAGAAGACGGUCAUUACCGGUAUGACGGUGCGGUUAGAGGAGAAGUUUUGAGCCCGGACCAUGAGGAGGAGGUCGGUUCAUAUCAUGGGAGUUUUUAUUAUGGAGUAUCAAACGAUACAUUAUUGGACAACUGGGUACUUCUAGCGCGGCGGUUAUACCCUCUCUCAUAGGGACUGGUAGCAUGACAUAUCUGUAUACCAAACUGUGUAUCUAUAGUUCUAG